AUGGGCAAGUUUGGUCUUCGUUCAGGUCCACUCGGCACCCGGGAUCCCAGUACAGUGAAUUUGCAACAGGUCGAAUUGGAAUUGGAAAAACAAUUGUGCGCAUUCAGAACCCUAUUUGACGCGCCUCCAUCUCAUGCUGAUGGUCAUCAACACAUUCACGUUCUACCAGCACGAGUUCUUCCACGGCACCACGUUCGUUGGAUUCGGGUACCUCGAGAGCAUCCGGAUAAUUUUGAACAUGCUGAAAAUUUGAGCUCAGACUCUGCACGCUUUCUUCGCACGGUCUCAGCGGAGGCCGAGAAAGCCCGUCCAGCAUUCAUCUCGUCCGGUUUGAAGUGUACCGAAGCAUUCAUUGGAAUGACACUGAUGGGUUCACAUCAAACAAUCGACAACAUUUCCAGUUGUUUGAACCGACUGUCCCAUUCUAUCGAAGGCACCACAGUUGAAUUCAUGACGCACCCAGGUUUCAAAUUGCAGUGCGAUGCCCCGAAACAGAUCCAUGGUGGUGAUAUGGACGGAUGCGGUGAUCCUGAUGGACCUGAUACGUUCUCAUGUUCAUCGGAUCGGGAACAUGAAAUGCAAUUGCUUUGCGGUGCCGAUUUUCGGAACUUGCUAGCCCGGACCUCUUGGCGCUUGAGCACCUUUCGAGAUCUGGACGCAUUUUAG